GUUCGCCUUUCCUCCUCCUCCCCUCCUUGCCGCUCCGUAGCCCUGGUUCAGCACGGCGCCGGCCGUAGUCUGACAGGAACUGCACGGAGCCAAGAUGGCGGCGGCCGACGGCGACGACUCGCUCUACCCUAUCGCGGUGCUCAUAGACGAGCUCCGCAACGAAGAUGUUCAGCUUCGCCUCAACAGCAUCAAGAAGCUGUCCACCAUUGCCUUGGCCCUCGGGGUGGAAAGGACCCGCAGUGAGCUUCUGCCCUUCCUUACAGAUACCAUCUAUGAUGAGGACGAGGUCCUCUUGGCCCUGGCGGAACAACUGGGAACCUUCACCACUCUGGUGGGAGGCCCCGAGUAUGUGCACUGCCUACUGCCGCCCCUGGAGUCACUGGCCACGGUGGAGGAGACGGUGGUGCGGGACAAGGCGGUGGAGUCCUUGCGGGCCAUCUCGCACGAGCACUCGCCCUCCGACCUGGAGGCCCACUUUGUCCCCCUGGUGAAGCGGCUGGCGGGCGGCGACUGGUUCACCUCCCGCACUUCAGCCUGCGGCCUCUUCUCCGUCUGCUACCCCCGCGUGUCCAGUGCUGUCAAGGCGGAACUUCGACAGUACUUCCGGAACCUGUGCUCAGAUGACACCCCCAUGGUGCGGCGGGCCGCAGCCUCCAAGCUGGGGGAGUUCGCCAAAGUGCUCGAGCUGGACAAUGUCAAGAGUGAGAUCAUCCCCAUGUUCUCCAACCUGGCCUCUGACGAGCAGGACUCAGUGCGGCUUCUGGCGGUGGAGGCAUGUGUGAACAUCGCCCAGCUCCUGCCCCAGGAGGAUCUGGAGGCCCUCGUGAUGCCCACCCUGCGCCAGGCUGCUGAGGACAAGUCCUGGCGCGUCCGAUACAUGGUAGCCGACAAGUUCACGGAGCUGCAGAAAGCAGUGGGGCCUGAGAUCACCAAGACGGACCUUGUCCCUGCCUUCCAGAACCUGAUGAAAGACUGUGAGGCCGAGGUGAGGGCCGCAGCCUCCCACAAGGUCAAAGAGUUCUGUGAAAACCUGUCCGCUGACUGUCGGGAGAACGUGAUCAUGACCCAGAUCUUGCCCUGCAUCAAGGAGCUGGUGUCAGACGCCAACCAGCACGUCAAGUCGGCCCUGGCCUCGGUCAUCAUGGGUCUGUCUCCCAUCCUGGGCAAAGACAACACCAUUGAGCACCUCCUGCCCCUCUUCCUGGCUCAGCUAAAGGACGAGUGCCCCGAGGUGCGGCUGAACAUCAUCUCUAACCUGGACUGCGUGAAUGAGGUGAUCGGCAUCCGGCAGCUGUCACAGUCCUUGCUGCCUGCCAUCGUGGAGCUGGCUGAGGAUGCCAAGUGGCGCGUGCGGCUGGCCAUCAUCGAGUACAUGCCCCUGCUGGCCGGGCAGCUGGGGGUGGAGUUCUUUGAUGAGAAACUCAACUCCUUGUGCAUGGCCUGGCUUGUGGAUCACGUCUAUGCCAUCCGCGAGGCAGCCACCAGCAACCUGAAGAAGCUGGUGGAGAAGUUCGGGAAGGAGUGGGCCCAUGCCACUAUCAUCCCCAAGGUCUUGGCCAUGUCUGGGGACCCUAACUACCUGCACCGCAUGACCACGCUCUUCUGCAUCAACGUGCUGUCUGAGGUCUGUGGGCAGGACAUCACCACCAAGCACAUGCUGCCCACGGUCCUGCGUAUGGCUGGGGACCCUGUCGCCAACGUCCGCUUCAAUGUGGCCAAGUCCCUGCAGAAGAUAGGGCCCAUCCUGGACAACAGCACGCUGCAGAGUGAGGUCAAGCCCAUCCUGGAGAAGCUGACCCAGGACCAGGACGUGGACGUCAAGUACUUUGCCCAGGAGGCCCUGACUGUUCUGUCUCUCGCCUGAUGCUGGACGAGGAGCAGCUGCCGGUCUCUGGUGUCCACCUUCCCCCAAGUCCCUACCUUAGGGAGACAGUAGUGGGCCUUUGCUGUCACCCCCUGUGCAUGGUCUGACCCCAGGCCCCUUACCCCACCCAGUUCCUCCUCUCCCCAGCCCGGGAAUCUGCCAUCUGUCGUCCUCCCAAGGGGUGGGGGGGCCUGCAUGGCAGGACAGGGCAGUGGCCCUGGGGGGAAGGGACCACUCCCGCCAGUGGUGGAGAGAUGUGAGCGUCCUGGCCACAGGAUCCUGCUGCUGUAAAGGGGACACCUGUCCCCCAUCUGCUCCACCUCCUUUCUCCCUUCCUCCCCCUCAGUGGUUUUCGUGUGUGUCAACUGUGCCAUUUUUAUUUUAUUCCCCUUUUCCCCCUUUUCACAGAGAAAUAAAGGUCUAGAAACAGCC